UUUCUCUGCAGAAUUGCUCCGCUCAACUUUCUUGAAUCUGUUUCUCGUCCUGGGUCUUCUUCGACUUCAUUUCUCUUUAGAGCUCUGACAUUGUCCGUUGGGCUAAUAGUUUCCAGAGGGCUUAUUCAGAGUUUGUUGGUUUUAAGAGAAGGGAAAAUGGCGGUGAUUUCUUCCAGGGCUUUUGUGGGUGUUGCGGCUAUCUUUGUUCUGGUUUUUGCCAUUGUGUCACCCUAUGUUGAGGCUCAGUCCGCUGCUCCAGCUCCUUCUCCUACUAGUGAUGGGACUUCAAUUGACCAAGGGAUUGCUUACGUGCUGAUGCUUGUGGCACUGGUUCUUACAUACCUCAUCCACCCUCUAGACGCAUCUUCCUACAGCUUCUUUUAAAUUAUUCUUAGGGCUUGAGAGAUUCAUUUAGAUCAGGAUUGCAAUAGCAAUUGCUAUGUGGAUAAGUAUAUUAAGUUGUUUAUUUUUUUCUUUGGUGAUGGAUGGUGGUUUGCAUUUGUUAUGAGAGAUUUAUUGGUUAAUUUUGUUUUCUGGUAGCC